AUGCCGAAGAUAUUCCUCAUCAAGAAACGGCUGCACGAACAGCAGCUAGGCCUUCAAGAAGGGCAGGAGUUGUUGGGUAAAGGUGACCCGCUAUGCCCCGGUUCUCCACUGGACGACGGUCCGAUACCUCUGCUGUCCAAAAAGGAUAAGGAAUGCGUCGAUCGCGAUGUCUUUGGAGAAAGCAAUGGAGCUAAUAGUGGGCAAGAUCGUCGCAUUAAAGAACCGAGAAGAUUUAUAUCAUCAAUAUUAGGUGGCGAAAUUCCUUAUGGUAGCCAUAGGGGACACGUUCUUACACAAGCAGAGAGAAAAUUGUAUUUGCCAGUCGCUCCCGAAGAAAAAAAAUCUGAAGAAAGACCUCUAAUUAAGGAAGAGAAAGAUGUAUUAGAAAGUGAACCAGUCGUCCUUCCAUCAAGAAAAUCACCUUCACCUGAAUCCAUACCUUCCCCUGGAAUAGAUAACAGUAUCACAUGUCAGAAAGUAUCAGUGAUACAAAGAACCCCAUCACAAUCACAAUUCCAAAAGAAUAAGAAGGAAUUGUCUGAUGUAACAAUUCCAAAUACUUUGCCUACCUCCGAACCGGAGCAAGACCAGCCUAUUGAUUAUGCCAUUGCAAAAAAACGAGGUGAAACGGAAGAUGAAGAGACAGAAAAGAAAAUAAGAGAACAAAGAAGAACAAGCAGCUCGAAAAUCGCAAAUGGAAUUCUGGCUCGACCUGUGUUAGUAUUGCGAAAUCGGCCAGGAAGCAAUAAGAUUCCAGGAAUUAUUAAUGCCGCAGCUGGCCAUGGCCGGUCAACUGGCAGCAGUGGUUCAGGCGGUAAUGCCCAAAGCAGUGGUGGCUCAGGAAAUUUCAGCUCCGGUACUGGAAGUGCUGCCCCUUCAUCUGGUGGAGGUGGGGCUCUUGGCGGUGGCUCAGGCAGUGGUGGUAACGGUCGAGAUGGUAGAUCUAAUUACGGCCCUAACAGUCCACCAACUGGUAGUCUACCACCGUUUUAUGAAACCUUGGGACCCUCAACUAAAAAUGGACAAAAUACAUACAAUGCAAAUGGUAACUUCUCAAAUGAGUUUAACAUGAUUAAUGGCUUUAACAUGGAUUGUGAGAAUACCGAAAACGCAAAUACAAAUUUCUCAGAACAGAGCAAACAAUAUUCUCUUAUGCAAAAUGCCCACUACGGCUUAGCUCUUAAAGAUGAAGAAAUUGAUUAUGAGAACAAAUUAGAGAACUUAGGAACCAUUGGUAGUUACGGAAGUAACUUUGAUGAAUCAAUGGUUGUUGAUAUGGGUGAAGAUGUUAUAGAUAAUAACCAAUUUUACACAACUUUAACUUUUGCACCGAAUGAAGGUAUUCUAGGGAACCUAUCAGAUUCAACGGAAGAUUUUGCAAGUUUGCUGAAUAAUCAUGUUGAGUCAAUAACUGACUCUGAAUUACGUGAAUCCUCAUCAAUUACUCCUGACUCAGUGCACAAUCCAGUAGACAUUGAAUCAUUGGCAGAACAAGUUAGUUUAAGUCGACAGUAUUACGAAAAAGCCAAUUACUUAGCAUUUGCAAGCCAAGAACAAAGUUCAACGUACAAUUUUGCCAAGGAGAGGCCAGAUUUACUAAUGCAGUUAAACCCAGCAUUACUCCAACACAAUGAGGGUCAAAUGCAACAAUUACAGAUUCACGUUCAACUCCAACAAAGACAACAAAUAUUGUCGCCUGUAUUCCCAUUCACUAGUCACUCUUUAGACCUGGAUUCACCAACUGGGGUUUCACUGCCAUCGCCCGGUGGCAACAACUCUUUGGACAGCAACAACCACAUCGAAAACUCUGCUCUCAGCCCUGCUGCUGCUGUAAGUUUGAAGAAAGGCUCUAUCAACGAUAGCAAAAUUCAAAUUUUGCAACAAAGGUUGGGCUUACCAGCGGAGCUGCCAUUAGAAUUUAUCAACGGUGGUCAUGGUGUAAAGAAUCCGUUAGCUACUGAAGCAAACGCUAGACAGAGGGAAGAAGAAAAAAAUAAACAAGUGCUUGUAAGCGAAGAUGAUCCCACAAAAUUUGUUUGUAGAGUGUGCUCGAAGAACUUCAGUUUACAGAGGCUUCUGAAUAGACACAUGAAAUGCCACUCUGAUGUGAAACGAUACCUUUGCACUUUCUGUGGUAAAGGCUUCAAUGAUACAUUUGACCUUAAGAGGCACACAAGAACACACACCGGGGUCCGGCCUUACAAGUGCAAUUUAUGUGAAAAAUCCUUUACCCAAAGAUGUUCAUUAGAAUCUCACUGUCUAAAAGUACACGGAGUUCAACACACUUAUGCUUAUAAGGAAAGAAGGACUAAGAUGUACGUGUGCGAAGAGUGUGGUCAUACAACAUCAGAACCAGAAGAACACUACAUGCAUCUCAAGAAACAGCAUCCCUAUUCUCCAGCUCUUCUGAAGUUCUACGACAAGAGACAUUUUAAAUUCACGAACGCAACUUUUGCCAACCAACUGCUGGGACAACUGCCCAUGCCAGUACACAACUAA